CAGGCCCAAACACCAGCCCAGCGGCGCGCGAACGAAAAGCAUGCCCGAGGAGUUGAGAAACGUAUGGGAAAGCCCGAAGCUGCGUACAAGAAGAAAGAGGCCAGAAAGUCACCCAUCGGUCUAGCAGCUGUUGGCAACUACGUUCUUCUUAUUUUCGUAGUGGUUGCACCACUCCUCAUUGAGCAAUUUAAAUUAAUACCGGCGACCUGGAACUACAUCGCAGACCUGUUGGCAAAGAUUGGCUUGAUCUCGACAUAG